UCACAUGUGUAUCACGGCAUUGGAGGAUAAUUUGUGCGCCUAUAUAUGUACGAGAAUCAAAAUCAACAUGUCAUUGCCAAAACCCAAGUUCUAAUACAGGCAAAACAGAAUGAAGGUUCAGAUUCUAACAAGGGAGUUUGUGAAGCCCUUAAUCCCAACUCCUCCUAAUCUUCGCAACUACAAAAUAUCUUUCACUGAUGAGCUUGCUCCAGUCAUUAAUGUUCCCAGCAUUCUUUACUAUCAAGCCCAUGAAAAAAUCAAAGCCACCUCAAUGUGUGACAUCCUAAAAACUUCAGUCGAAAAGGCCUUGCCUAAAUUCUACCCUUUUGCAGGAAGAUACGUAAAAACCAGCCGUGUUAUUGAUUGCAGUGACCAAGGAGUUGAGUUUGUGACAGCGCAAACAGAUAGCCAGCUCGCGGAGAUUCUUGGCCUGGGAAAGAAACUGAAGGUUGAGCUUAUUGAUCAGUUACUUCCAUGUGAUGUUCAAGAAGCUGAUGAAGUCACAGACCCCUUGUUAUGCAUUCAAGUCACUAUGUUUGACUGUGGUGGCCUGGCUCUUACUAUGUGUUUUGCACAUAGGAUUGGUGACGCGUCAACCAUAAGCGCCUUCAUGGCAGGAAUGGUUGCUGCAAGCCAAGGCUUGAGUUUAGAAUUAUUUCACCCGAGUUUCGAUGUGGCCUCAUCCUACCCUGGAAAAGGCCUGCCUCAUUGGAAACUAAACUGGACAAAUAAGAAUGUCACAAAGAGGUUUGUGUUCGACAGUAAGGCGAUAGAAAUACUACGAAACAGGGCCAGGCUUACAGGUGCCAAUGGCAAAAGUAAGCCCUCAAGAGUACAAUUGGUUAAUGCAAUCAUAUUGCAGGCUCUUAUUAGCAUAGACAGGGCUAAAUAUGGUCAUUUCCGCGCCACAUACUUUAUGCAGACAAUGAAUUUGAGGGAAAAGGCUAAUCCCCCUAUACCAACAGAGUCUUUUGGGAACCUAUUUGGCCUUGCCACCGUAAAUCUUGAGGCUGGCCAAGCCAAGGACAAGGGAUAUGGACACCAUGCAGACAUGCUAAGUGAUUCGGUGAAGGAGGCGCUUGAGGCCUACAAAACCAUGUUGUUGCAUCAUGAAGAUGGUCACAGGAAGGUGAUCGAUCCGUUCUUGGAGUCGAAUGAGAAGAUGAGUGAUCCGGAUGUGAAUGCCAUAAUGCAUACCAGUUGGAGUAGAUUUCCUUAUUAUGAAGCUGAUUUUGGUUGGGGAACUCCUGUAUGGGCAAGUGCUGCUUCUUUGCCUCUAAAGAAUGUGGGUAUUUUGCUGGAUACAAAAGACUGUACAGGGAUUGAAGCAUGGGUUUACUUAGAAGACACUGAUGUGCCCUUGUUUGAACAACACCCUGAUAUCUUGGCCUUGACCACAUAGCUGAUUGAGCUGAAGAAUCAAUUGCAGCCCGUUCACACAGUAUACGCAUCUUAGUGCUAAAAUUUGGUUUGCUAUGGUUUUUUAUGACAAUUCAGUUUGAGUUCCAAGAAUUUGAUAUGCAGUGUCUGUAUGAUUGUCAUAAAAUAAAAUUGCCCUGUUAGCUAG